AUGCCCCUCGACAGGGUAAAAAUAACCACUGGAAUUUUAGUGUCACCAUUACAAAAUGGCUGAAUGUUCAGUUCAUCUUCGUCACAAUGAAACUGAGAACAUGUGACACUGAGUUUGAUGUUUCCCUGUUCGCGAGCCACUUCCUCCGUCACCAGGGCAACAGCUCACCAGAGCUGCAGAGAGUGUUGAACGUGUUUCUCGCUCUCUGGUUGCUGUCUCUCAGAGGAGAGAGACUGGCCUCAGAGACGAGGAUGCUUUGAGCAUUUACUGUCCGGGAUGGAAUGAAGAAGAUUGCAGGAAUUGGACCUGGGAUACCACACCCGAUUUGAUCCGGAUAAAAUGAGUCCGGGGAUCAAGCUGUCCGUGUUUAUGAGAUGUUGAGCGAGUACUUCUGGUCUGUGCUCAGGUGUUUGGUUGUGAACUUCCUUUGGAAGCAAAGCAGAGACCGAGUGCCCGUUCCAUCCCUCACAGGGAGAGGCUGUAUUUAAAUACGGUGUUUUGUGUUUACACCGGUAGAAAGAGACCGGGGUUUCAGAAUUCAAUUCGUAUUUGGAAAUCCCCUCUGACUGUCACCUGUCCAUCGGCCAGUGGGAGUCAAAGAGAAACUCAAGGUGCUGAAGAUAGAACAGAACAUGGAACAGUACAUCGCAGGAACAGGCCUUCCCGCCACAAUGGUGUGCCAAACCAGCGGAAAAGUAAAUAAACACCCCCCGAGAUAAACUAAUGACUCCUUCCUACACAAUGUCCAUAACGUCUCAAUCUUCCUCACACCCAUAUGCUUAUCAAAACUUUUCUUAAAAGCCCCCAUUGUAUUUGCUUCCACCUCCAUAACAGAUAGAACAACCAAUAAUUUACAUUUACAUACCCUGUCGUCAUCAAGUGCUUUUCUGCUAAUAAAUUGUCAGAACCUGCGAAUCUGUGAUUAAGCAGAAUUAGGUUUUACAAUGAAGUUAUGUUCCUGUUUGACCCUGUACCAAAGGCCUGAAAAUUAGGGCCAUCUUAGUGUACACUGUGGCCAGCAUUGUUUCGAUGGGCUGAAGGGUCAGUAUCUGUGCUCUGUUGCUCUGUGCCUCUAUCGGAAGGAUGCUCCAGAUAUCACUGGACAGACAUGGUUUGGGAGUUGAUGCGAACUGCGGCUCUGAUACAGAGAAUGGCUGUACUGUCACAUUUGCAAAGUCUCUCUGAUUCACUGUCUGCUUGUUGUGUGUAAUUCAGGGCAUCAGCAGAAGGCGGCGCUGUCCUGCACCGGGAUCAGAGUGUAGACAAGACGACGACAAUCAACAACCGUCAGUCGGAAUCAGAAUGGCUACAGGUGGGAAAUUAAAUCGGGUACAGAAAGUACUCAAGGGGCUUUUACCAGGCAGCUCAUCGAGGGAAAAUGAUUGGGAUACGGGAAGCAAGGUUCCAAAGCAGGGUCAGAUUGAGAGCAAUGUCCCAAUGGAAUGCGGUCCGGCUGCAGAGGAGGAGAAGCAAAUUCAGCCCAGAGACAGUGACGUCAGAGACACUGAGCAGGACCCUGGAACUGGCACAAGUGAGGCAACUGCCUGUCAGCCCAGAGACAGUGACGUCAGAGACACUGAGCAGGUCCCUGGAACCGGCACAAGUGAGGCGACUGCCUGUCAGCCCAGAGACAGUGACGUCAGAGACACUGAGCAAGACCCUGGAACCAGCACAAGUGAGGCGACUGUCUGUCAGCUCGGAAACUCAUUAAACACGGAAUUGUCGAGUGCCCAACAGGGAGUGGAGUUUACAAUCUCCGACCUCCUGGCAGAGGGGGGCGAGUAUCGACUGUACCAACUGACCAAGUUCUACAGGGACAGACUCAAAUAUGCAAUUGAAGAGAAAGUUGAACGACUCGGUUGGAUGUUGACAAAGGAUGGACAUUUCAGUAGAGAAGAAAAUGAGAAAGUCACUGAACUGACGGAGAAGGGAAACCGGACAGAGAGUUCCAGACUCUUCCUCAGUUUGGUGAAUGGCAAAGGCUCCCGGGCCCGACAGGCGAUGUGGGAAUCCUUUGUGAUGUGGAGGACUGAGUUACCGAAGCUGGACAGGAUACUGAGGGAGAUACAGGAGCUUGGUCCUGACCCAGAGGAAUACAUGAACAUCGCACAAGGGUUGUCUGAGUUACCCACUGAACUGACAGAUGUUCAACAGAAACACAAGGAGACUCUGCGGGCACAAACUGAAACACUGAGAGUGAACACAAUCCUGAUGAGGGAGAAGGUGAAGGUUUUCCAGCUGCUUGAUCGAUACACAAAGCUCACGGUCAUUUCUACUGUUCGAGAUCGGACACUGGUGGAACACGAGCUGCUGGCAAGAGGCAGAGACCACGAGGAUUAUAGAGAGAAACAUCUCCGUGGAGCGUUAGAAAAAAUAGAGACUGCUCAGUUAUUCCACAGCAGUUUUUCCCGGAGAAAAUCCAAAUCUGGCAGUUCUGCAGCAGUAGCCGGAGUGCCAGGAAUCGGGAAAACAACAAUGGUACAGAAGAUUGUUUAUGACUGGGCCGCAGGGAAAAUAUUCCAACAAUUCCAGUUUGUCUUCAGUUUCAAAUUCCGGGAUUUAAACUCUAUUAACUGCAGAAUAAACCUGAGGGAACUGAUUCUGGAUCAAUAUCCUUACUUUGGGAAUAUCCUGAGAGAGGUCUGGAAGUACCCAGAGGCAUUGCUGUUUAUAUUCGAUGGUUUGGAUGAAUUCAAGCACACAAUCGAUUUUGCGGACAGUCGGAGAGAUACAGAACCAAAGCACCAGUGCCCAGAUCCCGAGUGGUGGUGUGAAGUGUCAGACAUUGUGUACAGUUUAAUCCAGGGCAAGCUGCUCCCAGGGUGUUCAGUGCUGGUGACCACCCGCCCCACUGCGUUACAUUUAUUGGAAAAGGCGGAGAUCAGUGUCCUGGCUGAAAUCCUGGGAUUUGUUGGUGAGGAACGGAAGGAAUAUUUCAUUAAGCAUUUUGAAGAUCAGAUGGUAGCAGCAGCUCUUUUCAAACACGUGCAGGAGAACGAGAUCCUGUACACCAUGAGCUACAACCCCUCCUACUGCUGGAUCCUCGCUCUGGCACUGGGCCCCUUCUUCACACAAAGAGUCAGGGACCCGCAAAGAGUUCCCAAGACCAUCACCCAACUGUACUCCUACUAUAUUUACAAUAUCCUAAAAAAUCACGGCCGUGAGAUUGAGAGACCCCGUGAUGUGUUUCUCAGGGUGGGUCAGAUGGCCUACAGAGGAGUGUCCGAGAAGAAGAUUGUGUUUGCAGACGGAGAUUUGAUCAACUACAGUCUGCAGCCUUCCCAGUUCCUGUCCGGGUUCCUGAUGGAGCUUUUGGAGAGAGAGGAUUCUGCCCACAGCGUGGUGUACACAUUCCCACACCUCACCAUCCAAGAGUUUGUAGCUGCAGUCGCACAAUUCCUGACUGUACAUCCCCAGGAUAUCCUGAAAUUCCUCAAUGAAGCCCACAAGACACAAGAUGGGCGAUUUGAGGUAUUUCUCCGCUUUGUUGCUGGUCUCUCCAACCCAAUGACAGCUCGGGGCCUGGAGGAGUUUCUGGGUCCAUUUCCUCAUCAAACAACCUGCCGGGUGAUUGACUGGGUGAAGGAGGAGGUUAAACGCCAGAGUGGAAACACUGGUGACACUGGUAGAAGGAGACUCCUGAACACAUUGCACUACCUGUUUGAGUCUCAGAAUCGUGGACUGGCUCAGGCCGCACUGGGAUCUCUGAAAACACUUUCAUUCCGUGGAAUGACACUGACCCCGGUUGACUGCGCGGUCCUGUCUCAUGCCAUCGGACUCUGUGAUACUAUAAAAGAACUCGACCUGCAGGGCUGCCACAUUCAGUGUGAAGGAAUCCAGCGGCUGGGACCCGGGCUGAACAAGUGCCAGGAGUUGAGACUUGGGGUGAAUGACCUGGGAGAUUCAGGAGUGAAACUGGUGUUGUCGGCUCUGAGGAACCCGGAGUGUAAAAUACAGACACUGUGGCUGGAGGAUGUCGGUCUCACAGAUUCUGGGGCCGAGGAUCUCGUCUCCGCUCUCAGUACAAAACCAUCACUGACGGAGCUGGACCUGAGUGGUAAUAAACUGGGAGAUUCAGGAGUGAAACUGGUGUCUGCGGCUCUGAGGAACCCGGAGUGUAAAAUACAGACACUGUGGCUGGACAGUGUCGGUCUCACAGAUUCUGGGGCCGAGGAUCUCGUCUCCGCUCUCAGUACAAACCCAUCACUGACGAGGCUGGACCUGAGAUCAAACUCUCUGACAGACCGAUCUGUCCCCGGUCUUCGCCGCCUCAUACUGACCCUCCCGAGUCUGAAGCUGAUCGGGCUGUACGGGAAUCGGUUCAGUGAGACUGGGAUGAAGGAACUGAGAUCUCUGCAGGGAGUCAGACCCGGACUGAGAGUGUGGAUCUGAAUGUGUGAACAUCCCCGCCCGCGGGAUGGAGCCGAUUCCCCCCUCCCCUUUAACUACCCCUCCCCCUCCCCUUUAACUACCCCUCCCCCUCCCCUUUAACACUCCGCCCUCCCCUUUAACUCCCCCUCCCCUUUAACUCCCGCCCUUACCUUUAAUGGCCGCGCGCCGGGGCUGAUUCCCAACGGUUUUAACGGAACUGGCUCCGGUCUCGAGCUCGGUGAUCUGGGAAGCGCUCCCGCCGUGACGUAUUUCCGCCCGCUGUCCGGCGGCGCCACUUCCGCCGGAUGUGCGGGUCCGAGACUCUCCCGCGUGCCACCCCGGGGAAUUCCCCGGACGGGAGGAGCCCGGGGGGCCGGGGCUCAGUCUGGGACACCGGUGUCCCGGGAGAGAAUCCUUUUGCCCCCUCUGCUGAGGACGGGGCAUUCGGCUGUCUGGCCGAUAUAAUGGUGUUAAAUUGACAAAUACCUCGGCAAUGACCCUGGAUCCGCAGCGAUCCCGGACACGGCCCCGGAGUGUGAUUGGAUGCAGAGUGACGGGGAGGAACGGGACUGAUUAAUCUACCGGUCACCCGUUGUCGCCGGUCAGUUAAUUGUGAGUGACUGUGAGUGAGGACGGGGCAUUCGGCUGUCCGGCCGAUAUAAUGGUGUUAAAUUGACAAAUACCUCGGCAAUGGCCUUGGAUCCGCAGCGAUCCCGGACACGGCCCCGGAGUGUGAUUGGAUGCAGAGUGACGGGGAGGAACGGGACUGAUUAAUCUACCGGUCACCCGUUGUCGCCGGUCAGUUAAUUCUGUGUGACUGUGAGUGAGUCGGGAACAGUGUGGCGACCCACUUUCUGCGCAGGCGCACCGGCUCACAAAUACCCAGGGAGUAAAUGCCAGCACCAGGAAGUUUGAAUAAACUAGUCUGGAACAGAUUUACCGACUGCGUGUCGUUGUCUCUAACUCUGUAUGUAGUACAUCGCUGCAACAGCUUAUUUAUUCCCGCAAGUCAGCAGCUCACAUACUGUUUAAUUUGCAUUUAUCAUGAUGAAAUCAAUAAACCGCUGUAACUUCC